CAGGCUCGAGUUUGUAAAUAAACAACCUCUUGCUUUUGCAUCAGACUUGGUCUCCAGGUGAUUUUUGUGGGGGAUCCCGUGACUUGGGCACAACAUUUUGGGGGCUCGUCUGGGAUAACCCGCCAAAAUUACCCAGUACCUGCUCCAGAGGUGAGUGUGUGUGUGCUGACAUUUGUCUUGUCCUGUUCCGUGUUAGUUCCGUUUGUUGAAUCUGUAGUCAGGACGUGGAACCCCCCGACAGAGUAGAAGUCGGGAUGCCCCGUGAAUGGGGGACUGAGACGUGGAAUCCUCAGUCACUGGUCAAGAAGACCAUGGAGAGGUGAUCCUUCUGAUUGAGAGACAAGGCAGGUCGCAAUCGCCAGAUGGGGUUAUGCUGUCGUCUCAUUUUCAGUUUUGCCUGAGAACCUGCAAGGGCAGGCUUCUGUUUUCUGGAGGAAUCUUGUGUUAUUUGUUUUGUCUGUGUUUUAUUCUAUUUGGAAGGUGACAUGGGACAGACUCAGACGACCCCCCUCUCCCUAACUUUGACUCAUUUCCAGGACUUCAAAGACAAAGCCCAAGAGUACAGCUUUAAUGUGUCCAGAGGUAAACUUGUGAUUUUUUUCAGGAAUGAAUAGCCGGCGUACCAUGUCGGAUGGCCACCAGAGGGCACUUUUCAUCCCCCCCAUUAUCUUUCAGGUCAAAGAUAUAGUCUAUCGAUCUGGGACCGGGUACCCGGACCGAUCCCAUAUAUAACUGCUUGGCAGGACCUCAUGGAGAACCCGCCAUCGUGGUUAAAACCCCUCCUUCCUCCAUCAGGCAAGGAAGUAGCUAAACUCCAAGCAUUGAAGGAGAAAAAGGAGAAGUCCCCUGAACCCGCUGCCCCUCCUUUGGUCCUCCAAGGAGGAACUGAUCUAGAAUUGCUCUUCCCCCCUUCCCAUCAACCCUCACCUAGGGGGACACCUGUUCCUCAGAGUCUGCCAGGUCCAGCCCCAGGUCCAGAGGGUAGCCAUUGGAGCCCACCUCACACCCGCCAUAGAGCCCUGCACCGUCUGACGACAGAUUCCACAGUGUUGCCUCUCCGUGCGGCGGGCCCCCUGAUGGAGCAGACCCCCCCAAAUCAGCCGCACCACUAUUGGCCCUUCACCACAAGUGAUCUCUAUAACUGGAAAAUGCAGAACCCUAAGUUCUCUGAAAAACCUACUGCCUUGAUUGACCUCUUAGACUCAAUUCUUUUUACCCACCAGCCUACCUGGGAUGAUUGUCACCAACUGUUACAGGUUCUCUUCACCACUGAGGAACAGAACUGCAUCUUGGCUGAGGCCAGGAAGGCUGUCGAGGACGCAGACGGACGCCCCACCACCAACCAGGCUCUCAUCCAUGCCGCUUUUCCUUUUACCCGCCCCGAUUGGGACUUUAAUAUGGGAACAGGUCAGGUAAGACUCCAAGUCUACCGCCAGACUCUAAUGAGGGGUCUCCGUAAAGCGGCUAGAAAGCCAACUAAUUUGGUCAAGGUAGGUAAUAUACAGCAGGAAAAGACAGAACCCCCAGCAGCUUUCUUAGAAUUAUGGAGGCAUUCCGCAUGCACACACCCCUAGACCCUGAAGCUGAGGAGAAUAGAGCAGCAGUUGUCAUGUUCUUUGCUAAUCAAUCAGCUCCAGACAUUAAGUGCAAGCUGCAGAGAAUAGACUGGGCGAGAAGUCUUUGCAGGACCUCCUAGAAGUUGCUUAAAGGGUCUACAACAACUGUGAAACCCUCGAAGAAAAGCAAAUGAAAGCGGCUAAAAGACAGACCCAGAAAUUAGCCAGGUCCUCCUGGCCUCCACAGCUGCGACCUUGGACGAAAGAGGAAGGUGGCUGCGCCGAAUGGCGGCAGGAGUAUGUAGAUGACAUUCUGAUCGCAGCCGAGACAGAAACAGAAUGCCACCAAGGCACCCAGGACUUGCUGACUGCACUAGGAGCUCUGGGGUACCGGGCCUCUGCUAAGAAGGUUCAUAUUUGUCAACAAACUGUGAGUUAUCUGGGGUACAUCCUUAAGGAUGGGCAGCGGUGGCUGUCCCAGGCAAGAAAAGAAACAGUUCUGAAAAUCCCCCCCAACCCCUGACCACAUGGCGAGGAGUUCGGGAGUUCCUUGGGUCAGCUGGUUCUGCUGACUGUGGAUUCCGGGGUUCGCAGAGAUAGCAAAGCCCCUCUAUGAAGCCACCCGGACAGCCUGCCUUUCCAGUGGAGCGCAGAACAAGAAAGCCUUUCAGGCCCUGAAACGAGCCUUGCUCUUGGCCCCGGCCCUAGGACUCGCAGAUAUUACCAAGCCCUUUCAUCUAUACAUAGAUGAGCACAAAGGCCUAGCAAAAGGGGUGCUUGCUCAAUCGCUUGGUCCCUGGACCCGGCUGGUCACCUACAUGGCAAAGAAACUAGACCCUAUAGCAAGCUGGCCCCCAUGCCUACACAUCACUGCAGCUACUGCUUUGCUGGCUAAAGACGCAGAUAAAUUGACUUUAGGGCAGGAGCUAUUGAUCAUGACCCCUCAUGCCAUUGAGGGAGUCCUCAAACAGCCACCACCUGAUCAGUAGGUUAGCAAUGCCCGACUCACCCGCUACCAGGGCCUUCUGCUGAACCCUCCACAAAUCCGAUUCCUGCCAAAGACCUCUCUCAAUCCGGCGACCGUACUGCCGGAUCUGGACCUAGAUGCCCCCCUCCAUGACU